AUGAACAUCUUGGAAUGGGCAUUUGGGAAGCGCAUGACGCCCGCUGAGCGUCUGCGCAAGAACCAGCGAUCACUAGACAAGGCAAUCCGCGAGCUCGACCAGGUCCGCGCGAAGCUGGAGAAGCAGGAGAAGACACUGGUCGCCCAGAUCAAACAGAGCGCACAGAAGGGGCAGAUGGGCGCCGCCAAGAUCCAGGCCAAGGACCUCGUCCGCACGCGGAGGUACAUUGAGAAGUUUUACGGCAUGCGCAGCCAGCUUCAGAAGAUCUCGUUGCGUCUGCAGACAUAUCGGACAAACGAGCAGAUGAUGCAGGCCAUGAAGGGCGCCACGGUGGCGCUAGGGAGCAUGAACAAGUCGAUGAACCUACCGCAGCUGCAGCGAAUCGCCAUGGAGUUCGAGCGCGAGAAUGAUAUCAUGGAACAGAGGCAAGAGAUGAUGGACGAUGCUAUCGACGAUGCGAUGGAUGUCGGAGUCGAGGAGGAGGGUGACGAGGUUGUGGAGCAAGUGCUAGAGGAGAUCGGUGUGGAUCUCAGUCAAUCUCUCGGGGAGACGCCCUCUGGCUUGCAGUCGAAUGCCGUCCCCGAAGGAAGAGUUGCACAGGCGGUUGGCAGCGGCGGUGGAGAUCCUGGUGAUGAUGACCUCCAGGCACGUCUGGACAGUCUCCGGAGAUGA